AUGUCGACGCCUUUGUUCGCCCCCGCACCCAACUCGACGUUCCUACCCCACUACGCGACGACCCAACUCGACCGUCACGACCCCGACUCGCAACCGCAUACCCUCGAGCCGAUUUCCCCUUCCCCCUCACCGUCGUCGGCCUCGUCGAGCUCCCCACCUUCCUCCGCUUUCACCUCCUCGUCGUCGCCCUUGUUCGGUACCUCGAGUUCGGAAGGCCACACGGGUACGCACUCCUCGGGUUCGGGUCGACAGCUCAGCAAAGGUCGUGAAUUUGUCCCCCAAGAGCGACAUCCUCGCGACGUCUCGUUCGACCGGGUCAGCGCCAGCAGCAGCCACAGCAGCAGCAGCUUCAUCAGCAGCAGCCACGACAGGGCCACCGCAGAUCCCAGCUCGCGAGGCACCCCUGUCGACGGCGGCGGCGAAAGCCCCGCGACCUACGCCCCGCCUCGUGCUUCCUCCAUGAGCGUCGACGUACCGACGACAUCACGAUCGUCGUCGUCGUCGCUUCACGCCCCGUCGCAGAACCACCACCAGCCCCCGCAUCAUGACGACUCGGCACCUUUGGCUCUAGCCGGCUUGUCCGUACAAGAGACGGAACCGCGCACGUCAUCCUCCUCGACCGCAACGGCGAAACAACUUGCGCCCAUCCCUGGUGCCGCGGGUUCGAGUGCGAGCUGGACCUCUUCUGCCGCACCCUCGACCUCUGCCGCGCCGCCGCCCAAGACGAGAAGAGCAUCGACGCUGUCCUCGGGGAGUUCGUCCGCCCACUUGACCUGGAACGACGAUGCCGUUCCGAGUGCGACAUCCUCCUCGUCAUCCAAGGCGUCACGGGAUCCGACUCGGCCUGCGAGGCGGAAAGCGGCGAGGAUGGGCAGCUUCGAGACCGGUGUUUCUGCUUCAGGUGGGGGGCAAGGAUAUCAGAGUGGAGGACACGCGGAGAACGAUGACGAGUCCGCGAUCGAUGACGACGGAGACGCCGCCGACACCGAAGCGGAUCCGGUCGGUGAUGAUCAACGGAUGCACAUCGAGGACUCGGAUCAGCGCAACUCCUUCUCUGCCCCGACCGCACCACCGAUAUCCAACGUCGAUGGCGAUCAGACCAUGGCAUCCGAUGUUCCGCCCGCAGUCGAGCCCCAUCGGCAUGUCGACAUCGUCAACUACCCUUCGGCGGAUCUGCUUCGACUGCUCGCAUCGCUGCUUGACCAGAUCGCCCGGGCCAACGACGCGCUGCAUCAGCGCAAUGCAUCGGCUUCGGCGGCGUCUUCGCAGUCGAGUUCGGGGCGGAAUACACCAGGUGGUGCACGCAGGAAUGGGAACGAGGACGAUGCCGAAACGUUGCAAGCUUUCCAAGCGGGUCGGUUCGAUGCGGCCCCGCUCAACUCGCCUGUCACGCCGAGGUAUCGACGUGGUGUACCUGAGGACGAGGAUGACGACGACGACUCCUCUGCUGGCCCGUCGGGUGCUGCGACACCGGCAGAAGAGAUGCCCGUCACCCCUGGCGUCGAUCUCUUGCGAGAAGUUGGGGCAGGUGGGGGCGUCGAGGGUUUUAUGCCUAGCCUGGGAGGCACGCAUGCGCCCAUUCCUCUGUCGCGGAGGAGAGGGAGCAGUUUCCUCAAGAAGCAAUACGAGGACCCAAGGGCCAACAUUCGGUCCAGCUCGAACGCCGGCGCGCCGUCGUCGACAGCACCGAGUCAGGGGACGAGCCGAACCGCUUCGGCCUCAUCGUCUUCAGUACCAGUGAAGCCACCGAGUCCAAAACCCGCCGAGCCGCCGAGUACGUCGCUCCUCACGGCUUCGUCGAACGCACUCUCGUCACCUUCCGCGACGCUCUGCUUCCACGCACGGAACAUUCCCGCCAUUUCGAUCGAGGCGUACCUGUUGCGCAUCCUCAAGUACUGUCCGACGACGAACGAGGUCUUCUUAUCCUUGCUCGUCUACUUUGAUCGUAUGGCAAGAGUCGGGUUGGAAGCCCAACGCUUAGGCUUACAGCCUGGUCCAGCGGGACCGGGGGCGUCGAUCGGCGGUCGAGGGGGACCUGCACCACCCGAGUCGAGACCUUUCGCAAUCGACAGCUUCAACGUGCAUCGGUUGGUCAUUGCCGGUGUGACGGUCGCGUCCAAGUUUUUCAGCGAUGUGUUUUAUACGAAUUCGCGAUAUGCAAAGGUGCGUCGGACGGAAAUAACCGAGUCAGACGUCUGAACUAUCCACUGAUCUGUGUUUGCCCGCUCCAAUGCACAGGUUGGCGGACUACCCCUGCAAGAACUGAAUCAACUCGAGCUACAAUUCUUGCUCCUCAACGACUUUCGCCUCGUCAUUCCUGUCGACGAACUGCAACGUUACGCCGAUCAGCUCGUCCUCUUUUGGGUCGGGAGGAACGGCAGUGCACCAUCUGCUGCGACACCGGCCUUGGUGCCUUCGCCUGCUCCUCCUUUGGCUACGCCAUCGCGACCCGAGGUUCAGCAAGCCGGACCGGCGCCUUCCCCGACAGCGAGUCGGGCGCCUGCGUCCACUGAAGGUAACGCAGCGUUCGUACCACCUGGUCGACCCACGCCGACGCAUCGCAGCUACUCUGGGAUGCACCAGCAAUUGACCUCGCACGCCGUCGCUUCCGUCAACAGCGGUAGUGCCGGCGGAGCGAUUGGAACGACGAGCGAGUCGACACCACGGUCAAUGCCGAUCCAUCAUUGGUCCCAACAGACACAUCCACCGCAAGCGACACGAACCUCGAGUUACUCAAGUUCGACGCCGAACCCUCGACCCGGUUCAAUUCGGAGUCAACCGAGUAGUUCGGGUACGAGCGUCGCUUCGACCAUCACGCCCGGGACUCCCUCGACCGAACGCCAGAGCUCCGAAGGUGGUGAUUUCGAUUCGAACGAUCAAGUGGGCGGGGUCGAGUCGUCGAGUAGUGAUGACGAGGUAUCGAGACGGCAUCGCGAACAGAUGUAUGAGCAUCAUUAUCGGCAUUCGGAUGAGGAGGGGGACGAGGACGAUGAGGGAAAUCACGAGGACGAUGAGGGAAAUCACGAGGACGAUGAAGGAGGGGAUCAAGCGACCGAUGCGGAGGGGGAGAAAGCGGUGGCUGGGGGUGGGAGUGGUCUGAGGAAGAAGAAGAAAGGGUCCAAGAAGGUGCGAGGACCUUGGAGGACGUUCGUACCGGGGUUCUCGAACAGGGGCCUGGGUGUCGACAGUGAUGACGAUGAUAAGAGUGUCGUAGGCGCUUCGGAUAAGGGGGAAGGCGAUGAUGAUAGGAUGCAAGAAUGA